GAGGUGGACUGUGGACUCCUAUUUUGUUCGGCGUCGGCGAUGUGUCAGUGGUUUCGUCAUCUCAUCGUAAAUGUGCAAGAGUGAAUUACAUAUGAAUGUCACUGCAGGUGUAAAAUGGUAACAAAAUACUAAAAAUCUCACAGAGACAAUGUCACACAACGAUUUAUUUCACAUUUAUUCAUCACGUGGGCCUGAUCCCUCUGGGAGAAUAAUAAGUAUAGGAUAUUCUGGUAUACCUGAGCCUAAUAUUAAUCGUCUUCCAAAUAUAGAAGUAACUAUAAUAAGACGCCUUUCUAAUGUAAGACCAGAAAGACAAGCUAAUGUUUCAAAUAAUGAAAUAUCUGAUGCUCAAGCUGGAGACGUUACAUCUAAUGAAGAGCUAUUACCUGAAUCUGCAGAUAAUACACAACCAACGAGUGAUGUAACCGAUGGAGCAUCUUCUCCAAAUCAACCAGAAGUCAGUGCACCAACAGUCAACUCAGAAGAUGACAGGAGAUACUGUUGGGUGUGUUUUGCAACAGAUGAAGACGAUGCAACUGCUUCAUGGGUAAAACCAUGUCAUUGUCGUGGUACAACUAAAUGGGUUCAUCAGGGUUGUAUACAGAGAUGGGUUGAUGAAAAACAAAAGGGACGUGCAGGUGCUAAUGUAGCAUGUCCGCAGUGUAACACAGAAUAUAUUAUUGUAUAUCCAAAUAUGGGACCGUUAGUAGUUGUAUUGGAUAACAUUGAUGGAGUAAUAUUUCGAAUCUGUCCAUACAUAGCAGCCAGCAUUGUUGUUGCAUCUAUGUACUGGACAGCUGUGACAUAUGGAGCAGUGACUGUAAUGCAAGUAGUUGGAUAUAAAGAUGGUUUAGCCAUGAUGGAACAAGCCGAUCCUUUAGUAUUAUUAGUUGGAUUACCAACUAUUCCAAUACUAUUGGUUUUGGGUAAAAUGCUGAGAUGGGAAGAUCAAGCCCUUAGCCUUUUCAGACGACAUGCAUGUAAGGUUCCUAUUCUGAGGUAUUUUUUGCCCAAUAGUUAUUCUGGUGAUGAUAGAGCCCAAUUUGAAGAAGUGCCACCUAUGAGCGAUCCUGUGUCAACGACACGUAUUCUUUGUGGUGCACUUCUAUUACCUAGCAUUGCCAGUAUAUGUGGCAAAAUAUUCUUUGAGAGCAUACACUCCAAUUUUCAGAGAACAUUACUUGGUGGUAUAGCAUUUAUAACAAUAAAGGGUGCAUUCAAGAUAUAUCAUAAACAACAACAAUAUAUAAGACAAUGUCAACGUCGUAUAAUGGAUUAUACAGAUGAUAAUGUUGCACUAUACAGAAGACAACAAAAUUCCGACUCCAAUCAAACAAGUUAAAUAUAAAA